ACCUUUCAAGGAAUUACGUGAAGUGUGAAUGUGUCAGCUGCUAGGAGAUUGGUCGGAUGCUGAAUAUUGGACAGACGUUCAAAGGCCACCGUGAAUGAAACUGACCAGUUCGCUGAUAUUCAUCAUCCAGCUAUCAAAAUUUGCCGCCAGCAUAUGAACAAGAAUGAAAAGAGAAACCCGAAGACGACCAACGAUCACGAAAGUUGCCAGAUUGAGACUAUCACGUUGGAACAUCAGUUGCCUGACCAAACCUAUCCUCUUCACCAUAAUGAAUUGGUACUCGCUAAAACAUGGGAAGAACAGGACCAGUUCACCAUGCUCAAUGCUUUAGCUACCUUUGUUUGUAUCGUUUUAUACAUAAUUAACGUUGGUACAGAUGUGGCAGUGAGCUACUUUCUCUAUGUGGAAGACAACCUGUGGUGGUUCGGUUUCACGGUAGCAGCCACGGCGGUUCCAGCAUUAACAGUUAACAUCUUAAGCAUCCGCUGGUACAUCAAGGAGAGGAAGGUCCACACACACCCUCGACCUCAUAUGACGAAACUAAACUGGGUGGUUCGUAUUUUCUUCCACCUUCUUCUCCUCGGACCAGUAAUCAGAUAUAUUGACUUACUUAUCUAUGGAUUCCGUAGUCGACAGCUCCACAAAGAAAAACGGCGCAGAGAACGAAACUGGCAUCUUACUUACCGACAGCCAUCACCAGUGCGAAUAGAGCAACCAAGCGAUGUCGACUACCAUCUUCUGAUGAUUCAGGAAGACAGAGAUGCUGCUCUUCUUGCUCUGUUAGAGAGCUUCAUGGAAUCGGGGCCUCAACUGGUGUUACAGAUUUACAUUCUAACUCAGCGAGAGAAGGUGCCUGCUGAUCUUACGACAGUUUGUCUCCAGGUGGCUUCUGUGAGUUCGUCACUAUUUGACCUUUCCUGGACUUUAGCAUUUUAUCAACGUGCUCUUCGACGGUCAGUUGCAAACAAGAAGAACAUGACUCGAACUGGAACUGCGCUUCAAUUUAUAUGGCGUUUUUGUACCAUCGGAGCACGUGUGUUUGCACUAGCGCUGUUUGCUUCACAGUACAAGUUGUGGCUAGUGCCAGUAUGUGUGGGGCACUGGGGUAUCAUGACCGUUUGGAUCAUGCAUCAACAAACUCAUUUCUGUGAUAGCGAAACGGGGGAACAACGCCAGUGUGAGGAAUACCUUUUCAACAUGGUCAUCGGGGCAAUUUAUCUCAUCUGUUUUCUCAAUGUGAAGGACGAACCUACGAGGUACAAAGUCACCGCAUAUUACGUCAUCGUUUUUCUCGAGAAUGUCACUUUCACUGUACUGUGGUACAUGCGGACGGAGCCAACCGUGUGGUAUCACCUGCCAGCCUUUGUUGGUGUGUUUACUAGCUCUUUAUUUGGUGUAAGCAUCAUGAUUGUGUACUACCGCUUCUGCCACCCUAACGGCAGACUCCCAGCAAAGAAUCGUCGAGCAGGUUGCUGUUAAUUUAACAUAAGCCGGGCACUGGAGAAGAUCAAUGUUUGAAACGAAUCACGGGAAGAUUGAUUAAAGAUGGUUCACAUAUUAUGGGGGGGGGGGAAAGACUGUGAUAAAUUAUGUAAGAUAACGAGGACUUGAGUAUGUUAUCAAUAGAGAGGUGUUGAACUGACGAAACAAUCAAUCUGCAUUUUUUUUUACAGUCCUCAAUGUAAAAUAAUUUAAACCCUUUCUAUUGAGAAUACGUAUACACAGC